AAAUUUCCCACAAAAUUUUACGAUGGUAUGUUUUGUUUCCCAAUACCUGUCUUGAACUUAUAAAAGGGGUCUAGGCUACAGUGUGUAGUUUGUCUUUGCUAUAUUGCAAACAAGGCAUACCAGUAUAUGAUGUGUGAACUUAUCCAGAAGAAUAUGGGGUUCUGCAAAAAAGUCGUCAUUAUUAUGCUGACAUCCUUCCUCCUGGCAUCAUGUGAAGCUCCAGAAAAACCAGUUGUAUGCUCAGUUAUCCAAGGAUUUCAAGGUCUUAAUGGCAGAGAUGGUAGAGAUGGUCCUCCUGGUACCAAGGGUGAACCAGGUUUGAUUGGGCCAACAGGAAGCUCAGGUUUAAAAGGAAAUCCAGGAAUUCCAGGCAAAGCAGGCCCUCAAGGUCUGAAAGGCGAUCGGGGUGAUAAAGGGAUAAAUGGGACACCAGGUCCACAGGGUCUUAAAGGAGAAAAGGGUUCCCUGGGUCCCGCAGGUGCUGCUGGAGUUCCUGGUGCUAAAGGUGCUACUGGUACAGCUGGAGCCCCUGGGACUCCGGGCAUUAAUGGAGCCACUGGUGCCAAAGGAGACAAAGGUGACCUAGGUGCUCAAGGAAUUAAAGGAGAGAAGGGACUACCUGGUGCUACUGGGACACCAGGCAUUGCAGGUGCAAAGGGCUCUGUUGGUGCAACAGGAUCUCCAGGCAGCCAAGGUUUAAAUGGAAGCCCAGGUGCAAAGGGAAACAAUGGAAGUCCAGGUAUUCAAGGAGUAAAAGGAGACAGAGGCCUUCCAGGCCCUUCAGGUGCUGCUGGUUCUCCUGGUAUAGCAGGCGCUAAAGAAGCAACAGGAGCACCAGGUACUCCAGGAGCCAAAGGUGCAACUGGUGCUAAAGGAGACAAAGGAGAUUUAGGUGCUCAAGGAAUUAAAGGAGAGAAGGGACUACCUGGUGCUACUGGGACACCAGGCAUUGCAGGUGCAAAGGGCUCUGUUGGUGCAACAGGAUCUCCAGGCAGUCAAGGUUUAAAUGGAAGCCCAGGUGCAAAAGGAAACAAUGGAAGUCCAGGUAUUCAAGGAGUAAAAGGAGACAGAGGCCUUCCAGGCCCUUCAGGUGCUGCUGGUUCUCCUGGUAUAGCAGGCGCUAAAGGAGCAACAGGAGCACCAGGUACUCCAGGAGCCAAAGGUGCAACUGGUGCUAAAGGAGACAAAGGAGGUUUAGAUGCUACUCUUUCAACAAAAAUUUUAAACCUAGAAAACAAAGUAGCCAUUCUAGAAAAAAGUCUUCUUUCUCUCAAAAAAGUGAGCUAUUUCCAAAGUGGAGUUGUGACAUCUGGAAACAAACUAUAUGUGACAAAUGGAAUGGAAGCAAAUUACAAUGCAGCCAAAGCUCUUUGCCAAGGAGCCCAAGGAAUGAUAGCCACACCACUCAACAGUGCUGAAAAUGCUGCCAUACAGCAAAUUGUGAAGGCUAGAGGAAAAAGAACCUUUCUUGGCAUUAAUGAUGAAAAAGAAGAAAAUAAAUAUGUAUACUCUAAUGGCAACCAAAUUACUUAUAAGAACUGGCAUCCAAAUGAGCCUAAUGGUGGCCGAAAGGAAAACUGCGUAGAAUUAAUUGAACAAGGACAAUGGAUUGAUAGAUCUUGUGAACAUAGAAAUAUUAUUGUCUGUGAAUUCUAGGAAUGAAGCAUAAUUUCCUUUUUU